UUUAACAGUAGGAGUAUACAGGAUUUGUCGGAAACAAUCAAAUUCGUUUUUAGAUUGCAUGAAAUCUUUGUCUAGGUAGAAGGCAUUGCACCUUUUUCCCAGCCCCCCAAGUCCUUUGCUGGCAAAGAAGCAGACCAAGCAAACUUACUAAACUUUAACAGUAGGAGUAUACAGGAUUUGUCGGAAACAAUCAAAUUCGUUUUUAGAUUGCAUGAAAUCUUUGUCUAGGUAGAAGGCAUUGCUCUUUUUUCCCAUGCCUGUGCUUUACAUUGCUCACUGCAAUCCCAUAUUGUCACCUCAAUGCUGCCUGUGCCUUGCAAACCAUUCCAUGCUCCAAAAAAUUUGGCUGAGCCCUCCAGUUCACGGCUCCAGACUCACUUAUAAACCCAUCAAGAUCCCUUUUUUAAAGGAGAAUUGCAGGCAAGGAAAUCUAAAAGAUGCUUUUAAAUCAUUAACCCUAUUGCUCGCUUCUGACCACAGUUCAGAUCAUUUUUCUCUUGAAGAGCCUUAUUCUCGGGUUCUUGACCUCUGCGCGAGCCAGAAAUCUCUAUCACAAGGGAAGCAGAUACAUGGCCGCAUGAUAAAAUCCUGUGGCUUGUGUCAUUCUGUUUUUCUGAACACGAAGCUCGUUCACAUGUACGGAAAGUGUGGUUCAUCCCUUGAUGCGGAGAAGGUGUUUGAUGAAAUGUCUGACAGAACAAUUUUUACUUGGAACGCCAUGUUAGGCGCUUACGUAUCAGAUGGGAAACAUAUGAAAGCACUUGCAUUAUAUGAAGAAAUGCGAGCUCUGGGUGUGUCACUAGAUGCGCAUACCUUUCCUUGCGUCCUUAAAGCCUGUGGUGCUCUCAAAGAACCCCAUUUGGGUGCUGAAAUUCAUGGUAUGGCCAUCAAAUGUGGAUAUGGUGCAUUUGUAUUCGUAUCUAAUGCUCUUAUAUCUAUGUAUGCGAAGUGCAAUGAUCUCGAUGGAGCAAGGUUGUUAUUUGACAGUAUAGAUGAGAAAGAGGACGUUGUUUCAUGGAAUUCUAUAAUUGUAGCACAUGUUACGGAAGGUCGUUUCUCAGAUGCAUUGACAUUAUUUAGAAGAAUGCAGGGUAUUGGUCUUGCCAGUAAUACAUAUACUUUGGUUGCCACUCUUCAAGCUUGUGAAGAUCCAGCCUUCAUCAGGCUGGGUAUGGAGAUGCACGCUGUAAUCUUGAAAUCUCAUUAUUAUGCUGAUGUAUACGUUGCCAACGCUUUGAUUGCCAUGUAUGCAAAAUGUGGUGGCAUGGACGAAGCUGAAAGAGUUUUUAUAAAUAUGAAUAAUAAGGAUUAUAUAUCAUGGAACACACUGCUUUCAGGUUUUGUUCAAAAUGACCUACAUUGUGAUGUUUUUAAGUACUUCCAGGAGAUGAGGAAUUCUGGUCAAAGGCCUGACCAGGUGUCACUGCUAAAUGUGAUUGCGGCAUCAGGUCAAUUAGGGAAACUAUCGAGUGGAAUGGAAGCUCAUGCAUAUGCAAUAAGACAUGGAAUGAAUUCUGACAUGCAGAUUGGAAACACAUUGAUAGAUAUGUAUGCCAAGUGUUAUUGUGUAAAAUACAUGGGUCGUGCUUUUGAAAAUAUGCGUGAAAAAGACUUCAUUUCUUGGACAACAAUUAUUGCUGGCUAUGCACAAAACAAAUGCCAUCUGGAUGCUUUAAAUUUGUUUCGGAUGGUCCAUGUAGAAAGGGUAAAUAUUGAUGUGAUGAUGAUUGGAAGCAUUUUGGUGGCUUGUGGUAGGUUGAAGUCCAAAACCUCAAUCAAAGAAAUUCAUGGUUACAUUAUAAAAAGAGAUUUAACUGAUGCUUUACUUCAAAAUGCCAUUGUCAAUGCAUAUGGUGAGACUGGGCACAUAGAUUAUGCAAAGCGCAUGUUUGAAGCUAUUGAAUCCAAAUGUAUUGUGUCUUGGACAAGUAUGUUAUCUUGUUAUGUUCAUAAUGGACUUGCAAUUGAGGCUCUUGAACUUUUCUACUCUUUGAAAGAAACUAAAUUACAACUUGAUUCUGUAGCUCUGGUUAGCCUACUCUCUGCCGUUGCUAGUUUAUCUGCACUGAAGAAAGGUAAAGAGAUUCACGGAUUUAUGAUUAGGAAUGGUUUCCCAUUGGAGGGAUCAAUUGCUAGCUCAUUGGUGGAUAUGUACGCUUCCUGUGGAAGUUUAGGGGAUUCCAAAAAGCUUUUUAAUUCUGUCAUAAAGAGAGAUAUAAUUUUAUGGACUUCCAUGAUUAAUGCAUAUGGAAUGCACGGUUAUGGAACUGUAGCUAUUGAUUUAUUCAAUAAAAUGACUGAUGAAAAUAUUAUACCUGAUCAUAUAACCUUUUUGGCUUUAUUGCAUGCAUGCAGCCAUUCAGGAUUGAUUACUGAAGGCAAGAGGUUUUUUGCAAUUAUGAAACAUGAAUAUCAGAUGGAGCCCCGGCCAGACCAUUAUGCUUGUUUGGUUGAUCUCCUUGGUCGUUCAAAUUGCUUGGAAGAGGCAUAUCAUACUGUGAAGAAUAUGCCAAUCAAACCUACUGCUGAGGUCUGGUGUGCUCUUCUUGGGGCCUGUCGGAUCCAUUCUAAUAAAGAAUUAGGGGAGCUUGCAGCAGAACAGCUCUUACAAUUGGAUACUGAGAAUUCAGGAAAUUAUGCACUAAUAUCCAAUAUCCUAGCAGCUGAUGGAAGAUGGAACAAUGUUGAAGAAGUGAGGAUGAGAAUGAGAAAAAAUGGAUUGAAGAAACAACCCGGAUGCAGUUGGAUUGAGGUGGGGAAUGAGGUUCAUACCUUCAUGGCAAGGGACAAAUCUCAUCCAAACUCUAAUGACAUUUAUCUAAAAUUAGCUCAGCUUGCAAAGUCAUUGGAGGAUAAAGAAGGCUACAGGCCUCAAACGAAGCUUGUUUUGCACAAUGUUAGGGAAGAGGAUAAAAUUCAGAUGCUAUAUGGACAUAGUGAAAGGUUGGCUCUUGGUUAUGGUCUUAUUGCUACUCCUAAGGGUACUCCUCUUCGGAUCAUGAAGAAUCUUCGAAUAUGUAAUGAUUGUCAUGCAUUCUUUAAGCUAGCAUCUAAAGUCUCAAAACGAGUCCUCAUUGUAAGGGAUGCAAACAGAUUCCAUCACUUUCAAAAGGGAGUCUGUUCAUGUGGAGAUUUUUGGUGACUACUUUGAUAAUUAUAUGAAAAGUUGAAAACAUAUUAUCAUGGGCUUUGCUGGUUCCUUCCUGCUGCUGGUGAUCAUUGAAAUUGCUUUCCAAAUAUUCGACAGCUCUUAACUCCCUUGAGGAUGUUGCAAUUGAGAACUGGCACUAAAAUGAAGAGGGCUUGUGUACCGUUAAUAAACUUGGUCACAUAGCCACAUCCUAUGCUAGCUCCAUAAAGCAUAUUUCUCAUUCACUUGAAGGAAUAUGGCUUCUGGGUUAAGAUAAGAUGCUUAUCAUGUGAAAUAUGAUCAGUCAUAUGUUUUCAUCCUCAUCACAUACUUUUCGGAUGAUGAAUGAUGUUUUUGGUAUAAAGUUCCUAAUCUUCGUCUGUAAUCAGGUGCUUCUUUGGGAGGGAAAGUGAACUUGAACUUUCAGUUAUUGAUCAUGUGUGUCAAGAAAAUUUUUAGCGAUAGUGUUGAUUUCCAAUCCAACUCACAUUCAUCAUGGAGCACAAAAAUUGAGUACUCUGUUGGAGCAAGGCUUGGACCCAUAGUGGUUGUGCAUGGGGAAAGGAGAAAGUGCAAAACAGCAGCAGUUUACCUCACCUUUGGCGCAUGGGAAACUUAAUAGUGUUCAUGAGAUUUUGUGGCAUGAUUAUCAGCAUCAGGUUGGACACAGCUACUUCAGGAUCAUCAAAACAAGAAAAUAAUGGAUGCCAGCUGUCUUUUUAAAUAAUGGCCAAAUCCUUUAAAAAGUGUGGCGGAAUGGAGAAAUAACCUCAUGCAUCUAAACACCUUGGCGGGAUCCUUGGGUUCUUGCGGGUUAUGAAAGUGAAAAUCUGGAUGUCCAAUCCAAAAACAUUUUGCUAGCUUGAUAAACCAAAAGGUUGGCUCUGAGUGUUCUUAACUUCUUGUGUUACUAAUUUACUAUUUUUUCUUUCGUCAUGGACUUUGUUGCUUUGUUACUAAUAUAGAUCAUAUUUAAACUGUUUUUAGUUUGUAGAAGCAUGCAGAUGGGGAAUCACUAGAACAUAUUGAUUUGAUUGAACUUAGAAUGUCUGGAAAGAAACAUGAGAACAUUAUACUGGCUUUGCAUUUGCUAUUAUAAUAUUUGGGCAUGUUCUUCACUUAAGAUGUUUUAACAAUUAUAUGAUAAAAAGAAAAAAAGAAUAUCUCUGAAAUCUGAUCUUAGGAAGUUCUUUCCCCUCGUCUGAUGUAUCAUAUUAUAAUUUUCCUCAUCAUGCGUGAGAGCUGGGAUGAUCUAGAGAUUCCAAAGUUUCAUUAUGGAUCACUGAUGAAACCCUGCUGUUUAACACUAAAAAAUACAGAAAUAACAACAAUAAAACAGCCAACAGAUCAAGGGAAAUGCUAAGGUUUGAUAUUAAUGAUUCCAAAAGACUAAAUCAGUGUUACAAAGACACUCCACUGAUUCAAAGCAAACCCUAUUCCUUACAAUAAUCAAAAUAUUCAACAGAACAUCCUCUGGUUUUCGACAGCCAGUUUGUCCUCUCACUCAAAAUACAAAAUAUGACUUGCCCUCCAAAAGACACUAGUGGCUACUAUAACACCAAAAGUACCUUGCACAAUCUCCAAUGUCAUUUUUUGUUAAGACAAACCUAAAACCCCCGAGGCCAAUACCAAGUCUAUAUAGCUUUUCUCUUACAAGUAAGAAUAGCAAAGUCAACAUUCAGCCCCUCCUAAAGGUGCUAUUCCUUUUUCUUGUGUUUUCCUAUUUCUCCUCUUAUAGGUUUGUAGCUUCCUAUUUCUCCUCUUAUAGGUUUGUGCAGCAAAAGAGAUUCCAUCAAUCACAUUAUUCGAGUGCUGGAAUUGUCCUCUUCUAUCUUCUUCACCUUCCCUCUUUCAGUACAGGUAAUUCAUGGCUUCAAGGUGGCUGCCAGUUUGACCAUGCUGAUUGUCUUUUCAGCAGUGUAAAGGAUACUUGGUUCAGUGCAGCUGGAAAGGGGAACACAUCUAAUGUGAAAGAACUAAUUCCAGAAAUUUCUUCAUGCCAGAGUUUUUUGAGAAUCAGUUCAAUCUUUGCUUGGGAGGAAAACAGUCUGAGGAGAAGGUUGUCCUAGUGGCAAUCUCUGGUUAAAAUUUAUGAGCUUCCAAAAGCCAUUAUGCAGGUGGAAUGACUAGAAAAUUUAAUGAGUACAUUGUUCUUUUAGGUUGGGGAUGUUAUCCUAUUCCUUGUGCUGAAGGUAGUGCUGGAGAGUUUAUCAAGAAGCACUGGAGAAGCUCUUGAAUCUGAUUACGUCUUAGGAAAUUUGCAUCACUGGGUCGAUCUCAUUUUGGAUUUAAGCAGAGAGGGAAGGAUUCAAUCUUACAGACAUUUGGCUGGAGGUACAACAACAACAACAACAAGCUUUUAUCCCACUAGGUGGGGUCGGCUACAUGGAUUGCAAGACGCCAUUGUGUUCUAUCAUUUAUCAAGCUUUUAGGAAUAUUAUUAAUUAAGAGCUCGCGUUCAACAACUUCCAAGAGUGUUCUCUUAGGCCUUCCUCUACCUCUCUUAAUCGGACUCAAAGUUAUAUGUUCCACUCUUCUCACUGGUGCCUCCCUUGGUCUUCUUUGUGCAUGCCCAAACCAUCUCAACCGAUUUUCUACCAUUUUUCCUCAAUAGGUGUCACCCUCACUUUUUCGCGUACGUGCUCAUUUCAAAUUUUAUCUUUACGUGUAUGUCUGCACAUCCAUCAUAACAUUCUCAUCUCUGCUACUCCAACUUUAUGCUCUUGCUGUCCCGUUAGAGCCCAACAUUCACUACUAUAUAACAUUGCCGGUCUGAUAGCAGUGUGAUAAAACUUUCCUUUAAGUUUAUUAGGCACCUUACGGUCACAAAUAACUCCUUUAGCUUUUCUCCAAUUAAACCACCCAGCUUGAAUUCUAUGUGAAAUAUCUCCACUGAUUUCGCCAUCAUUUUGAAUAAUAGCUCCCAAAUAUCUAAACUUUUUCACUUGAGGUAUAAUUUGAUCUCCCAAUUUCACUUUCAAAUUAUUGUCGAAAAAACAAAAAACAAAAAACUAUUUAUUUCUUAUUUCUAGAAAAGAAAAAACAAAAAAAGAAGACAUUUGGCUGGAGGUAAAAACAAAAAAACAAAAACAAAAACAAAGAAAAGAAAAGAAGUGAUUUUCCUUAUUUCUUCAACUCUUGCCAUCACCCCUCCAUUUUAUGAAUCCUUGCUUAUAGUGGCAAACUAUUUAUUUCCACUUGAGGACUUGCACAUUUCAUGUUAUCGGCGAUUUCAUUUUCAAAUUCCAGCAAUGAAAGGGCAAAGUUAUGUAGUCAAAUCAAAGAUCUCCUUGCUGCAAAUUUUCCCUCAUUUUAACUUUUCUGCUUCUAUGUGUUUCUCUUUCCCCAGUCCCCUUAGUUUUAGAUAUCUUAAUCCGGAAUUUUAUUUUAUUUUUAUUUGGCUUUUUAUGUACUUUUACCUUUGUAAUGUAAUUUCUUUCGAUGUAAAAAAAAAAAAGAUAUAGGAACAAGUGAAAUGACACAUUUAUGGACAAUUGCCCCCACCAGGAAAGG